CCUCAAUGCCGUUCCAAUUACCGACCCUGCGCCUGUCUGCCACCACCCUCGCUGAUCGGCUGCGAAGCGCGUGACACAAUCAAAGACAAACACUUCCAACUGUGUCGUAUCCACAAACCGGUGAUACGAAUCUUGAAUACUCUGAGAAUGUUGCUUGAAGAACUCUUCUGCUGCCACGCGCGACUCGAAGACAAAUUCCUCGUACCCUCCCCGGGUCACCGCAAUUCGAGGAUCGAAUUGCGUCUGGUCGAAUAUCUGCUCUAGUCGAAGUGAGGAGACAUUUAAGCUCCGAUGGCGGACGUACCCCGCACUUAUCGAGCGUAUACAAGUCGCAUGCUCAUCCCACCGUUUCUCAAAAUCGGUUUCAGUGUCGGCGGCGUCAACGGGGCUGGGCUGAAUUGGGACGAUCAAACGGAUCGUGCUCCCCUCACUACUGCCACGAUCUUUCGCAAUUUGCCCUAUUCCACCGUUUCCCAAUGGCUCGGUCAGAAAUAUCCGAAAUGGCUCUGCAAAGAUAUGCUCUCCAGCUGACCGACGGUAAUCCUCCGUUGAAAAGGAUCCCUGCAUGACCUCCAGACUGGGCCAGGUCAAUCGGGCGAAGGCUUGGUAGUCGGGUGCUUCUUCCAUGGGGGAGAGAGCGGAUUGCUCUAGUCUCGAUUGAUCGAGGGUUGAUAGAACUAGACCUUGCUCAUACUGGUGGAUAAUGCCCAUGUUCUGGGCGAUAGCCGUGGUCUUCUCAGAGUGGACGACCUGGAAUUCAUGGCGGAAUUGAGCGUUUGUCAAGGUGGGUAACUUUCGGGAUAGAAUGGUGAGGUGCAUGUUGGAUUUCACUGGUGAUGAAGGUAGUCUUUCGUUCUAUCUCGUGUUAAAGAUAGGAUAUAGCGACAUGGAAACAACGAUGUGAACUAACGAUGUGGCCAGCCGAACCGAGGGGCAACUGGCGACCAGCAAAGGGCUGGCAAUGGAACUCGGCGAAACUCCGUCCUGCUCGAUAAUUCCUCCGAGUGGACAUCAGAGGUCCGCCACUUUGCCACUUUGUCCGGUCCUCUUCGUAAAGUAGCUAGAUAAUCUCCUCGGGGAAAUUCUAUCAUUCAGAUCACAAUGAGUUCGCGAGCAUGCGAUGCCUGCAGAAGUCGCAAGGUCCGAUGUGACGGCGUCCCUGCUUCUCCGGAAAACAACCCCUGCUUUCACUGCCGCACAUCUGGAUCGGUAUGUCAAUAUGAACAUACGCCGAAGAAGCGCGGGCCCAAGUCCAAGCGUUCAGUGGCCAGUAGUCGCGCCCGACGAAUGAGGCCACCACCACUGGGCGAUCAUGAUGAUGCGUCAGUGCUAUCAACAUCAGCCUCGCCCAUAUCUUUGGCUGAUACUCCUGCCUAUGAGAGGCAGGUUGUAACCCGGGGGCCAAGAUCACCGCCCAACGCCAAUGACUCUGUGCCCUUAUCCUCCGGCGCAACGGACCUCAAUCACAAGAUCGAGAAUAUCCAUCAAGACCUUGUAAGGUCCAUAUCCGGGAUUCCCGACAGCUAUUGGUCACUAGAUGCAAUUGUCGAACGGUGUGCCUUGAUAUACAUGGAUGUUCUUUUUGGCAUCCGUCCCGUCGUGAGCGAGGCCCGAAUUAGAGCGAACAUCUGCCUCAAGCCUCCACGUUUGGGCGCGAAUUUAGGCGUUCUCAGUUGUUCUUCCCGGCCGUUGAUUUCUUCUGCAAAACCGGAAGACUUAGAGGAAAUUCGAUCAUAUACCCUCGUCACUGCCCUCUGUGCAGCGACCGCAUACAUGCUAUCAACCGAGAACGACCCCAAAGGAGCCGUGGUCGGACCAAUCUUUCUACGCGCUUCCCAUGAGAUGCUGCACAUUUACGAAGAUCUGGAUGUGGAAUACCCAGAUUCCACAUCCCUCAUCAUCCGCGCGUUCCAAGCAGGCGCUCUACAUACAGACGGCAAACUACGCCUCUCGUGGCAUCUCUUCAGUGCCGCACUCCGGCUCGGCGAACAGAUGCAGCUGCAGGAUCCGCGCUCUUUUCAAGGUCUAGACCCUCUCGAAGCUCGUCUUCGCGUAAUGACUUUUCGGAUCAUCCGCAUUUCCGCAAGAUACCACCGAAUGCUUGAGAACCAUCCCCUGGGAAUAUGCGAUCCUGCCUGGUCAGCACUUCCGUACUUAGAUGCCGGACCAGAGACCACACUGAUGGUGAACCCAUCGCCACGGAAUUUUCCACAAGGAUAUGAAUCACAACUUUUAAUAGCCUUCAAUCUAUUUGAGGAGCUCUGGGUAGCGGCAUCUGACAUUCUAACGGACCUCGAGUGUUUCGUCCGGCUGGGCCUACGCGGUGCACCUAUAAUCGCCACGCUGGCAGAGUCACUUCAGAACCACUUUCUUGAUCCUUAUUCAUCAUUCAUUGGUCUGCUAGAUCAUUUACCUCCGUUUCUGCACUCACCCGAUUCGGUCAAGCACCCAGAUCAAGCCAUCACCGAGAUCAUGCGCCGUCAGUUCUGGGUCCAGCGCGCUAAUCUGUUCGUCAGCUAUCACUGCCUACGCAUGCUGAUCCUAAAUCGGUUCGCGCAGCACGGGCUCGCGACGAUGAUCGGCGUGCAGAGCACGAAAACUAUGAUCGCGUUGCGAAAAACCGAGAUUGCGCAUGACAUGAAUGUCUUUGUAAUAAAUGUGCCGAUUGAUUCGUUGCUUGUGAAUGGAGAAGCAUGUGUCACUAAAAUUCGUUACAUGGGUGCCACGCUUCUCGAAGUGAUCCAUCAGGUUCAAGCUCCGCAGGUUGUCAAGCGAGCCAACUCGUUAUUUUCCUCCUUGUUGGAUGUUUUAACAAAAUUGGACUCCCGGGCGUCUGAUGAACUCGUCAGCGAGGGUCACGCAGUGACUGCGCCUAUUUUCUAAUUUUCCGGGAUGUGGACAGCGUCAGGCAAAUAGUGUCAAGAGGAAAGUGGUUAUUUUCGAAACCAUGAGAACUCCCAUACUAGGUAGCCAUCGAGUAGGAAGAUCCUCGUGUUGCACUCCUGCUACAUGCCAGUGAGAGGAAGGAAGACAGUACAAUCAUUGAUAGCCUUGUCAGUAUGGAAUGUACAACAUUAUUACUAGUGUCGGCCCCAAGCGCUACUUUUAAAGUACCAGUAGUGUACUAGGUCUUGCAUGGUCGAAUAUAG